ACACGUGGCCCAUUAUAACACCACCUACAGUUCUCUCCCCUCCCUGCCAAGUAGGACGCGUCGUUCCCUCACCUGUGCAUCAUGAUGUAUCUGUCCUCUGUUGAAAGCCAGUCCGCCACCGAAUUACGCCAUACCGCCGCCACUAUCAGCUACGCCGGCCAACUCCUACUGGGCCCGCCCCACGGCUCGUACGAGACGAAGAACCAAGUACACGGACACAGCUUCGCUACAGUCGCCGACCUUCAGAGCGUUUACGAUCUUCAAAUGGAGCAGAGGUGUACGGCUUAUCGUAGAGCCACACACAAGUUAUCAGAGCAAAAGAGACGGAAAAUCCUUAACAGCCGCUUCGACGAUCUGAGGACGAUAGUUCCUUCCUGUCAGGAUGGAGCACACAGCAAAAUGAGCGUACUAAAGAAAGCAAUGAACUACAUAGAUCAGCUGACGAAAGAGCUGAUGGUGCAGGAACACGUGUUGAGGGAGCUGCAACAGGAGCAGGAGAGACGCAGACUCCUUCAGCUGGAGCACUCCCAGUGGUCUAACAAGAUCCACAAUCUUAGGAAGCAUUACCGCAUACCGGAGCCAUGAACCAACGCUGAACAGUAAAGACAGAUCUGGAUUGUGAAAACACUCUCGAUGUGAUGUACGAUAGCAUGUUACUCAUCGGAUCUAUACGUGGUCGAUAACACAGCUGUUUCUGUUAACUUCACCAACGUUGAAAUGAAAUCGGAACUGAGCGAGAAGUGUGCUUGUUGUUUAAUACUAAUAGGAAAUGGUCUUUGUUUGGAAUUUAGAAUGAUUGCAGUUAUUCAUCAAA